CAGUCAUGGCUGUUGAUAUUGGGAAUGGAGAAAUUCAAUUGAUGAAAUCUCAUGAAGAUGUCACGCCUAUUUUGAUAAAAACUGGAAUGAAAGAUAAUGUAAUGGAAUGGAGCAACUGUGGGUCAUUCCUCGCUGUAGGGGGAGUAAUGGAAUCUAAUGGGAAUAGCGUGGUUCAGUUCUAUAAUGUUCAUGGUCAUAUACGAUUCUCACUGGAUGUCAGCUCACAGAAUCCUCUCUCAGCCUUAACCUGGGGUCAUGAUGAUAAACGCAUUUUCGUGGCAUGUGGUGCUCUUCUCCAUGUUGCAUGGGUAGAGAAACAGAUUGCGCCAUUACAGAUUUUAUGUAGAGAAGCGGUUGUAUCAAUUAUGAAGGAGGAGAAGGCGGUCAACAGCCUGACGUUGCCUGGAAGGCUUAAACAUUUCGUUUCUGAGAGAUAUUUCAGUACAGUAAAGGGAUGUAUUCCAGAUCCGUGUAAACUUCGUGAAUUCAUAAGUCGACCACCCCCCAGUAAUGAACGUCUGCAUUGUACUAUGGUUAAAACCGGAGAGGAGACGAGCAACUCAAAUCCCUGUUACACACUCUUCUUGGAAUACCUUGGCGGCUUGGUGCCUCUUCUAAAAGGGAGAAGAAUCAGCAAACUUUGUACUGAAUUUGUUAUUUAUGAUCCGAAAGUUAACAAUGAGAUGAAGAUUU